AUGACAACCAAUUAUGUGAUAUUUGACUGUGAUGGUGGCAGUGAUGAUGCCUGGGCAUUAUUGUUGCUACUGAAAGCGGAAGCCGAGAAACAAUUGGUCUUACUUGGCAUUACAAUAUGUGGUAGUGGUAAUACCACAUUACACAAUGCCGCCUAUAAUAUGCUGAGGAUACUGAAGGCAUGCGGUCGUGAUGAGAUCCCCAUCUUUUUGGGUGCAUCGGAUUCGUUGUUGCCACCUUUCGAUAAGGAAGAGAGACCGGUUUUUCAUGGUAAAGAUGGAUUUGGUGAUGUCUUGCCACAGGAUGAAGAUAUAGAUGUCCAUGAAAUGGUCGAAGGAGAACAUGCUGUGGCGGCGAUACAUCAAUUUUGUAUAGAGAAUCCGAAACAGGUUACCGUAAUAGCUGUGGGACCACUUACCAACAUUGCCUUGUGCUACUCCAUGUAUGGCAGGGAUUUUUCGGAAAAUAUUAAGGAGCUGUACAUUAUGGGUGGAAAUCAUCAAGGUGUUGGCAAUUACACCAGAGCUGCCGAAUUUAAUUUCUAUUCAGAUCCAGAGGCUGCCCACAUUGUGCUAAGCAAAAGCAAAUGUCCCAUAACCAUUUUGCCAUGGGAACCAUGUAUGGAUGAUAAAUUCUUUAUAUGUAUUAAAUGGCGUUUGGAACAUUUCGGCCCUAUGGCUGCACGAGAAAAUCAUGCCGUUGAAUUGCUAAAUUGCGUUGAGGCAUCACAGUAUUUAAAACCCGGUUUUAAAGGUUGGAAUCCAUGUGAUGCCAUAUUGGUUGCCGCCUUCCUGUUCAAGUCUCGUUUGGUGCGUAAACAAAGUUUAUGGCAUUGUAUUGUGGAUUUGAGUGGUCACACUCGUGGUCAAAUGGUACUCGACCAUUUGCAGGAGGUGGAUAAGAAUCCGAAAAAUGUACGCAUUAUAGAAUUAGUAGAAGCGGAAUUCUUUAAAAGUGCCGCUGAAUGGGGUGCCGGUUUGAGAGAAUUCAAAUUGAGUAUAUUUACGGAGGAGCCGGCCAUAGAUGUUGGGAAAACAGAAAUUAAAACUGAAAAUGGUAAUUGUAGUUGA